AGGGACAAUCCCCCCGGAACAACCUGGAGUUAAGUGCCUUGCUCAAGGACACAAUGGUGGUGGCUGUGGGGAUCGAACCAGUGACCUUCUGAUUAACAGUUGGUGAUUGCUAGUCGAUUCCACCCCUGCCCUGUUAAUGGGUCUGCUGAAGUUUGUAGCUCCUUCACGACCAUUUGUAGUGCACUCGCAGUACAGAGAGCCUCUGAUUGAGAGCUAUACCAAGCUUAGGGAACAAGGAGGAGCAAUCUGUCUCAUAUUGAUAGACUCCUGGCUCAGGCAUUACCAGGUGCUGCCCAGUAGGACUCAUCCAGUGUUACUCAUGAGUGGAGGUGGAGGUUAUCUCCUCUCAGGGAUGACGGUUGCUGCAGGCACUGCCAAAUCUGGAAAUAAACAGAAAUAA